AUGGCAUUAGAAUGUCUUGAUAACGUUGAACAUGAAUCAUUAAAAGUUGGAGAUUCAUUCUUAUUUGCGACGUGUGAAUCGAAUUCAAUUAAUCUGUCAACGAGGUCACUAUUAUCACCGACAUCAUUAUCGGAUUCAACUUAUCAAACCAGCGCCACGAAUAUAAAUUCAUGCAUAAUCUCAGCGUUAUUAUCAAAGUCGAACCUAUCACAUUUGUUACAAAAAGAUUUAAUUAAUCAAAGAUCAAAUGAUUCAUUUAACGAAAUUCAAGGGCAGGUCUAUGAAUUCCUUAACAAUAAUUUUUUUGCCGUCCAAACGGAGGAUGAUGAUUGUUUCGAACAAUUGGAUAUUGAAAUAAUUAAACAUCAAUUAUCGGUUUACUUGAAUAGUGAAUCAAAAGAUAUUAUAGAAGAAUUCAAUUGGAAAUUGCCUGUAAAGUUGGAAAAGAUACAAAAUAUUUGUGAAGAGAUUUCAAAUGAUAUUGUUAAUUAUUUAAUAGACCAUUUACAUUGGUGGCAACAUAACUUUACGGAAGAUCAUUCAUAUUCAACGAUUUUCUUAAUCGGUAGUUGUUUUAAAACAAAAUAUCUAGUCGAUCUAGUCAAAUUAAAAUUUAUUGAGAAUUAUAAAAUGGAAUUUACCAAAUCUUACAUUUCCGAUUUGAUAUUUAUAGAUAAAUCUUCUAGUUCCGCUUCAAGACACGGCGCUGUCAUUCAUAUACAGGAUGAUAAGAUUAAAGAAAAUUAUUUGAAAGAAAUCAAGAAAAAAAACAUUGAACAUUAA